AUGGCCUCUGCCAACGACACCCGGCAGAUGCCCAAGGAUGCCGCUGACCAAAACUUCGAUUACAUGUUCAAGCUUUUGAUCAUUGGCAACAGCAGCGUGGGCAAGACUUCGUUUCUCUUCCGAUAUGCCGAUGAUUCCUUUACUCCAGACUUCGUUAGCACCGUCGGCAUCGAUUUCAAGGUGAAGACUGUCUACAGGAAUGAAAAAAGAGUCAAGCUGCAGAUUUGGGGAAAGAGCAAACCACCAUUCAAAUCAACACAGUUGAUUGUUUUUUUCAAAAGAAUUUUUCUGUAUCCCUCUCUUAGGGCAACUCAGAUCAAGACUUACUCCUGGGAUAAUGCUCAAGUGAUUUUGGUUGGGAACAAGUGUGACCUGGAGGAUAAUCGAGUAAUAUCCCCUGAAGAUGGCAAGAGACUUGCUGAUGAACUAGGUUUAGAAUUCUUUGAAGCCAGUGCCAAGGAUAAUAUCAAUGUUAAGCAGGUCUUUGAACGCUUGGUGGACAUAAUCUGUGAGAAGAUGAACGAGAGCCUGGAUGCGAGCUCUGGCAUGAACAGCACCAAUCACAAGAACGCUGCCCUGAAGGAUGCAUCGGCUUCACAGUCCAACAGUUGUUCCUGCUAGGCAGAAUUUGGCCGACCACCGAGACCCGCAGUGCCUCGCUGCUCUACGUAAAUGAGGAGGAAGGUUCAGCAAAUGGCACAUCUCCUUUGACCGCUGGUUGACUCAUCUCUCUGUUUGCCUCUGGCUGCGCCUGUUUGGCCUCUUGACAGCAUCCGUUUCCUCCCCUCCUUUUCUCUGCAGAAUAAUUGUGCUUUUCUGGCAAAGGAGUAUGGUUUCUUUUGCAUAUAUGCACUUCGGUUUACACUCCCAAUGACAACAUGCCUUUGCAAUCCAGACAAAUUGGGCCUCUCUCUCUCUCUGGCCCUGUGCCCAACUCUGUCUCCACUCUUUUCAAGAUUCUAGUGCCAGUUCUCUGAUUUGACUGCUCUCGCUUAAUGACGAGGGAUUGAACAACUUGUUUCAUAUGAAACCUGGAUCUGCAUAAAGCAUCCUUCCUUCCCACCUUGCCCCCUUUAACUACUCCGUGCAUUUGAUGAAGUCAGCUGCAGUUCACAAAAUUUCAUGCCUUUUAAUAAAAAGUUUUUUUUUUUAAUUGGAAA